UAAGGUGUCGGGAUAAACUAAACAUGGCUGCCUCAACGUGGCUUUUGAGAAGAGCGCUUGUUGGGUCCCGUGGUGUAUCAUAUCACAUAAAAAAGCUACCUAACACUUUAAAGGCACUGAGAUUGUGUUCGUCUAGCUCCAGUGCAGGAAGACCCCAACAUGAAUACCAAGACAAGCCAAGAUUUCCAGGCGCUUUGAACUCAUAUUACACAGAAAAAUUGGAAUUUGAUGAUCCAGACGAUGGAGAAGCCAUCCCGGUCUAUCGAGUCAUGGAUCGAAAUGGAAAAGUCUUUAACGAAGCCCAUGACCCCAAGCUUGACAAAGAAACAAUAAAAAACAUGUACAAGCAGAUGACUCUCUUGAAUACCAUGGACCGUAUCCUCUAUGAGUCACAAAGACAGGGAAGGAUAUCAUUUUACAUGACAAACUAUGGUGAAGAAGCCACUCACUUUGGAAGUGCUGCAGCUCUUCUGCCUGAAGAUAUGGUGCUUGGUCAGUACCGUGAAGCUGGUGUCUUAAUGUGGAGAGGUUUCACUUUAGAUGACUUCAUGAAUCAAUGUUAUGCCAAUCAGCAUGACUUUGGGAAGGGUAGACAGAUGCCUGUUCAUUAUGGCUCAAAGGACCUUAACUUUAUCACAAUAUCAUCCCCUCUGGCAACUCAGAUGCCUCAAGCAUCUGGAUAUGCAUAUGCUGUAAAGCGAGCAGGCACUGGAAAUUGUGUCAUCUGCUACUUUGGUGAAGGAGCAGCAAGUGAAGGAGAUGCCCAUGCUGCCUUUAACUUUGCUGCAACUCUUGAAGCUCCUGUCAUUUUCUUCUGCCGCAACAAUGGUUAUGCCAUAUCUACUCCAACAGGUGACCAGUACAGAGGGGAUGGAAUUGCUGGACGUGGCAGGGGUUAUGGAAUGAAGGCAAUUCGUGUGGAUGGAAAUGAUGUCUUUGCUGUGUACAAUGUCACUAAAGCAGCUCGGAAAAUUGCAGUCGAACAGUCACAACCAAUCAUGGUGGAAGCCAUGACUUACAGAAUUGGUCAUCACAGCACUAGUGAUGAUUCCUCUGUGUACCGCUCUCUAAAGGAAGUCAAUUAUUGGGACAAGGAGGACCAUCCCAUUGGAAGACUUAGACAUUACAUGGAAAACAAAGAGUGGUGGAAUAAUAAAAUGGAGGAGGAAUGGAAACGAGAGGCACGCCAACAGGUUAUGGCAGCAUUUUCAAGAGCUGAGAAGGCACUCAAACCUCCAGUCGAGGAGAUGUUCAGUGAUGUAUAUGACACACUUCCUUCCCGUUUGAAGAAACAGUAUAAGGAGUGUAUGGAUCAUGUGGCAAAAUACCCUCAUGAGUACCCAACAGAACUUUAUCAGCCUGACAAAUGAUAUAAUAGGCUAAGGUGUAAUUUGUAAUGUAAGGUGUAAUUUGAAUGGAUUUGAUGAAGGAGCUGUUAGAAAUAGAAUUUACACUUCCCAGGCCAAUUGGCAAAUAGUUGUAUGAGAAGCAAAUAAAUGAUGGUACUGCCUGCUAACUGAGUUAAAGGUUCAUACUGUAAGUUAUGUACCAAGUUUUUCCACUAGGAUUAAUGGCCCAAGUGCAAAUUGUGUAGUCCUUUAUAACUCCCAUGAGUGACCAAGACAGAAUUUCUCCUUACAAUAUUGAUACAAUAUCAACCAGAUAAGUAAUGAGAAUAAAGAAAAAUAUCAAUUAGGGGAUUAUUAAUUGAUCCAAUACCAAAUUCUCCAAACUAACAUCAUAAGAACUGUAUGACAGACAGUAAGGAGAAUUACUAAUGAGAUCUUGGGAGUUAAAGGAUUAAUUUGAGAAGGAACACAAGGUUCCAUGACUUACAGUACUGACUGAGAAGUAGUAAGAUAUUUAUUGUAUCUCUGGGUUCAAAUAGAGGGCAGAAGAUUUCAUUUUAGACAAACUUUUUAAUUUAGUGGGCUGUACAGUGAAAUAUGCCCUGCUAAACUGACCAAUCACAUUGUGUGUAGGAACCAAGAAAAAUAACAAAAAGGCUGGAUAGGAAGGUUUACUUGACAAUAUCACUCUUGUUCAGUGGUUAUGGACAUUUAUUUUUUUUGAUCUCUGCUUAUUUGCCAUAUUUUAUCUUUCUCUAUUCCCCUUAUUUA